AUGGCAUCUUUACAGGCGUCGCUGGUAGCAAAUCUGCUGCCUCCUCUGCUCUCUUCGAUCGUCCCUCCGUCAGGAUCAAACACAUUCCGCCAGCUUGUCGCGCCAUCGACUUACGGCUUUGAAACUCUGCACAAUAAUGAUGGGAGUGAUGAAGGGACCGAGCAUGAAUGGUCAUCGCUGAUUGGCAUUAUUACGGCUUUGUGCGGGAAUGUUCUCAUUUCAUUGGCCCUCAAUAUCCAACGCUACGCGCAUAUUCGGAUAGCAAGAGAAUGGGAGCAGGGCAAAGUUCAAAAUGGACAAAAUGGAACACAUAUUGGUCUGAGAGGAAGAUCCCGGGAUCAAUACCAAGACUCCGAGGAUGAAUUUGAACCUUAUCACGACGAUGACGGCGAGAACACCGUGGGACGGAACAGCGGUUCAAGCUCGCGGGACCCUAGCGCAGGAAGCAAAGACGGAUCUGAUGGACACCGUAAAUCCUACCUUAAGUCUCCUUACUGGUGGGUUGGAAUUGUGCUCAUGGUCGUGGGAGAAAUGGGCAAUUUCAUGGCCUACGGUUUUGCGCCGGCGUCAAUUGUCUCACCAUUGGGAGUUGUGGCCUUGAUAUCCAAUUGCAUCAUUGCGCCAUGCUUGCUGAAAGAGCAAUUCCGCAAGCGGGAUCUUUGGGGCGUGCUUGUCUCUAUCGCUGGUGCUGUCGUUGUGGUUCUCAGUGCUAAAUCGUCCGAGGAACAAAUUGGGCCUCAUGAGAUUUGGGAGAAUAUCACACGCUGGGAAUUCGAGGUUUAUCUCGGUUUGACCACAUCCUUGAUCGUCGGGCUCAUGUGGGCAAGUCACCAGUACGGCUCAAGAUCAAUUCUUAUUGAUGUCGGGCUCGUUGCAUUAUUUGGUGGAUACACAGCACUUUCUACAAAGGGUGUCUCUUCACUCCUAUCUGGCACAUUGUGGCACGUCAUCACAUUUCCCAUCACCUACCUUCUCGUCUUCGUUCUUGUAUUCAGUGCGUUGAUGCAAAUCCGUUACAUCAAUCGUGCGCUGCAACGCUUCGAUUCAACACAAGUGAUUCCAACGCAGUUUGUUCUCUUCACUAUCGCCGUUAUUGUCGGAAGUGCGGUCCUUUACCGUGAUUUCGAAUCGAUAACAGCUGGGCGCGCGACAAAAUUUGUUGGCGGAUGUCUUUUGACUUUCCUUGGUGUUUACUUUAUCACAAGUGGAAGAGUUCGGGCUGACAAUGAGUCGUCGUUUUCCUCUGGAGAUGAGGAGGGCUCUAUUGGCUUACUCAAUGGCGAAAGAUAUCAUGACAGACUUGAUCUGUCUCCGCCUGGCCAUCAAUUGCCUAAGCCAUCACACAUUUCUGCAGAAGCACAAGAUGAUGAUCCACAGUCACCAAGGGGCUCUUUAUUGAGUCAAGGCAUUGAAGGAGUUGAUGAUGAUCAGCCUACUCUCAGAGGGAUCCUUUCUGCCGCGCCCUCUUCACCUCGUGGAUCUCUAACCGACGAAUUCCCUCUUUCUGCUCCAUCGUUUGACUAUACUUCUCCAUUGCGACCUCCAUCCCGAAUGUCCAAUCCAUGGGCAGACAUUCAUGAUCAACACACGAUCACCGAGCCUGAGAUCCGUCCUGUUACUCCACCCGGAGAAGAAAACAAUGCCGCUCACGCCUCCACAGUCCUCCUACGUUUCCCGCCUGCGCCUGGACUUGAAGAAACGCCAGUGGCCGACAGCAACGCAGAAACAUCGCGACGCGCUUCGACCCCAGCGCUUUUAAAUCAAGCCAAUCGGUCCGGUCGCAAUGAUGCUCCUCUCGAGACACCGUCGCGGCGUGCUUUGCGCAACUCUAUCUCACAUCGUUUCUCCCCUGGGCCUCUUGUUCCUGCACUCUCCGGUGGCUUCUCUGCGGUAGUUGCCGAGUCUAUCCGCCGUGGCGAUAUCAGUCCUCUCAAGGACCGCACUAGGAGAAGAUUGGGACGUCGACGUCCACUUGACGGCUCUUUCGCAGACCCAUCUCUUGUUGAAGAAAAUGGCGACACAUCGCUUUCACUCGCAACCGCUCGACUCCAAUCCGCCACCAACCUAGGUGGCAGACCCACAGAAGCUGGUCGCUCGACGUCCGCUCUCGCGACAGAAAUAGAUAGCAAUCCAACGCAACUUGUUAACGAAAAUGUGCACCGUCUUCGCAGUUUGAGUGACUCGUGGAAUGGUGGGCUUGCGUGGCUAGGAGGUGCUCUCCGCAAAGCCCAGAACACGAAAACUGCCGACAGUGUUGCUGCCACUGGAACACCGACACCAGACAAUGAAAGGCAAACCGAGCCAGGCAGCAACUCAGGCGGUGAUGUUGACACUGAGACUGAAACUCGGGGGUAA